UACUUCUAUAAGCUCAUGUUAACAAGUGCUUCACUAGCAAAAACCCACUGCAAAAACACUCUUUCCCCUUUGUCUCUCUUCUUCCCUUUCCUUUGUUUUUUGUCUUUCUCAUCUUCUUCAUCACCCCCUUAUUAAUAUUCCAAAUUAACUCCACAAAAAGAAACAAGAAAAAAAAAAACUAUCUUGAUCAUUUUAAUUGUUGACCGUCGCUCUUCUUGAUCUCUAUCUACUACAAAUUUUAUUGACUAGAAAAAGAAAAAAUUAAAAAAACAUUUCCAUUUACUAAGCUACUGGCUUCAUUUUCAUGUCAUUGACUUCCAAUUUUCCUUCUUCAUUUUAUGUUCUAGUGAAGUAGUAGUACUAGUCUUUUUCAAGAAAACAAUUUUGCUAAGUGUUUUGACCCUUUUCUCCUUCACUUUCAAGAACUCAAUUUUUGACAUGAUCCUAGCAGUACUACUACAAAAAUUAAAGCUUCCUUUGUUCUACCUUUCCAUAAUGAAUUGGUGAGAAAUUAAUUUUGUUGAUAAUGGAGUCAAUAAUGUAUUAUUUUCUAGUUGUUUAGCCUUGUUGUUUCAAAAAGAGUGGACAAUUUGUGAAGAUCUCCUAGGUUUUUUGGUUUUCUUUCUUUUCUUUACUAUAGUUGAAGUCAAGCCACUAGUUUCAAUUUAAUCAUUUUAGUCUAUAGCUCUACCCUUAGGUUCUACUAAUUAGUAAGUUCCUAUCCUGUCCCUUUUGGUCUCCACAAAAGUACAAAAAAUUUCUUGAAAGAGGUUAGAAAUGGAACUUCCAAGUCAAGAAGAGGAUAUGCCAAUACCAAUUAACAGCACAUAUGUUGGAGGUGGACAUGGACAUGGUCAUGGGCACAUGAUACAUCAUGAUCCCACACCACCACCCAACAAUACCAAUCACAUUAUACCACCUUCUAUGAAUGGUCCUCCCAUUGAUGCAGCACCAGUUGCAGCAGCACCAGAUCACCAUGUACCUUUCAAGAAAAUGGUCAGGUACAAAGAGUGCCUGAAGAACCAUGCAGCAGCCAUGGGGGGGACUGCAACAGAUGGAUGUGGAGAGUUCAUGCCAAGUGGUGAAGAAGGUACCAUUGAAGCCCUCAUAUGUUCAGCUUGCAAUUGCCACAGAAACUUCCAUAGAAAAGAAAUGGAAGGUGAACAACAACAACACCUUCAGUUACCUUCUUCAUGUGAUUGCUAUCAUCUCAACAGAGGAGGUGGUAAGAAAGUUUACUUAGGACACAACAACCACCAUCACAAGGCCCUUUUAGGACCUGAGCCAUUUGGUACUAUAAUUCCAACUAGACCACCACCACAUCAUCAGAUGAUAAUGUCUUAUAACAUGGGGUCACUUCCUAAUUCUGAGUCAGAAGAACAUGAUCAAGAUCACGCUGGAAUUAUGGCUAUGGCUAGACCAUUACAUCAUCAUCAUCAUCAUCAUGUCAAGAAGAGGUUUAGGACAAAAUUUACUCAAGAACAGAAGGAUAAAAUGCUCAACUUUGCUGAGAAAGUUGGAUGGAAAAUACAAAAGCAAGAAGAAGCUGUGGUGCAACAGUUUUGCCAAGAAGUUGGAGUUAAGAGAAGAGUACUCAAAGUUUGGAUGCACAACAAUAAGCAUAGUCUUGCCAAGAAAAAUUCCAACAAUAUUAUUCCUCAUGAAAAUCAAGUUUGAUAAUUUGAUUUUAUUUUUUUUUCUUUUGUAAUGUUUUUAUAUUUAUGGGGUAUGGUCAUUUCUAGAAAUUAGCUUUAAUAUUUAAGAAUAACACUAUGGAAUGCAUGUAGUGCAGUACUACUAGCUAGUGCAUGUGGGAAUUGGAAUGGUGGAGGUUAGUUUUCUUUAAUCUUCUUGUUUGGAUUUUGUUUGGUUAACUAAUUAAUCUCUCCAGUGCUGACUGGAUUUAGUAUAUUUACAAUUGUAUACACCCUUUUAGUAGUGGAUUUCUUGGGAUGAUUAAUUUUAAAGUAAUUUAUGAGUUAAUUUGUAAUA